AUGGCAGGACUCCGGACAAGCAAUCUGCUGGGCGACCCGUUCGCUCUUGCGACGAGCUCUAUCGCAAUGCUUGGAUGGGUGAUUGCGUUCAUUGCAUCUAUUGCAGCAGAUAUACAAGGCACUUACCCGAGCUUCCAAUGGUGGGCUGUUGUCUAUGCGUUUUGCUGCAACGUUGGGGUAAUCCUGGUAUUCCUUACGGAUAGCGGUCUCACUUACGGCGUGGCGGUUGUGGGGUACCUUGCUGCCGCUCUUGUGAUGAACUCGAUCUCAGCAAACUCGAUGUUCAAUGGCGAUAGCAAAUCUAGUCUCCAGGCCGCAGGCGCGGGCUUUAUUCUUCUCUGCAUGGUCAAUAUCGUUUGGAUUUUCUACUUCGGAUCGACCCCUCAAGCAAAGCACCGCGGCUUCAUUGACUCAUUCGCACUCAACAAGGAGAACCAAGGCGCGUACGGCGUCAACCGGCCAAUGUCAUCUGCCUACGGCGCACGCCCCGAGACUACAACGAGCCGUCCUCAGAUGUACACCUCCGCGCAGCUCAACGGUUUCGAGACCUCGUCACCAGUGUCAGGGUACCACGGUGGUGCUCCCGGCGAGACCCGAAGCCCAUCGCAAGCCCGGUUCACCAGUAUGGGCGGGCCGAACGCCAGUAACCCAGACACCGUGGGAGAGAUUCCCCCACCGACAGAAUACCCAUACAAGGCGAAAGCUAUCUACAAAUACGACGCAAACCCGGAAGACGCGAAUGAAAUUGGCUUCGACAAGGGCGAAGAGCUGGAGGUAUCUGACGUCAGCGGCCGAUGGUGGCAGGCCAGAAAAGCAAACGGGGAGACGGGUAUUGCUCCAUCAAACUACCUCAUUCUGCUAUGA